UCGCUCGUGUGCGCCUUGAAGUUUUAACGGGUUGACGCAGUGGUGUCAGUCGCUUGCGAUUACUCGCCGUGAACGGUCGGUCAUUCGCUCGGUGCUAAACAUAAGCAGUCGCUUCCACACAAACGAUUCGGCAUUGAUUGAUUUGCGUGCAGCUUAAAAAUAAAUUAACGAAAAAUAAAUUUCAAAAAAACAAAAACAACAAAAAACAUAUUCAAACACAAUUUUUAUUUCGCUGGAGCGCGUUUGUUUGUGCAUAUUUUUCCGUAUUUUGCAUAGCUUUGCGGUUCGAGGGCGCGCGAAUUUUCGAAUUUUGAGCGAGCGUGUGUGUGCUUAGCAUUUAUGUUAUGUCGCGAAUUGAUUGUUUGUUAAAAUAAUUAGAAUUUCUGUGUUCAUGUGCGAAUUGCCGAGAAUACUGACUGGUUAGUCAAUUUAAUUGCGUAUGUGAGAGAAUGCAAUAAAGAAGCAAAUGAUCGAAGUAAUACAAAAAAAGUAAAUACAAACGCUGCCAAAUUCAUAACAAAGUUCGUUGCUUAAGUCUUUUAUAUUAGUGACAACCAAUAAUUACUAAACAAAUACAGUAAAAGUGAACAAGAUUGAAAAUAAUAUUAAACGUGAAUUAAAUUGAAAAUAAUAUUGAUUGUGUGUGAAAAUGUGCCGCCACCAGCGUUGCUGACAAAGUCGACAAAACGAAAGCGCGCAAAAAAUCCCGAGUGACUAACGAAACACAAAAAUAAAUGGCGCUGACAAAUUUCUCGCUGCCCUUUGGCGCGCUGACGCAACAAGUGCCCACGUGGGGUGCAACCCUGCCGCCACUGCACCCUGCCCACCAGCUAGCUGCCAACACCAACAAUUUACUCUACUCGCCGGCCGAUCAUCAGCAGCAGCAGGGCGACGACGCCGCACCGCCGCCGGAAUCCGAUUUCUACAAAAACAACCCGUAUGCGCCGCCACAACUGCAUCAGCAGCAACAACAACAACAGCAGCAGCCGAUACGUCAAUCAUAUCAAUACAAUAGCAACAACAACAAUCACAAUAUACAAAAUAAUAAUCGGCUGAAAAGCGGCAACACCUACUUGCCGCCCAUACCGCCGCCCGGUGCGCGCAACACACAAUUCAACAACCAAAAACAACAGCCGCAACAACAACAACAGCAGCCACAAAAGCCGCAACAACAGCACUAUAGUCAUUUCAGCAUAAAUCAGCAACAACAACAACAGCAACAACAUCAUCAAUUACAACAACAUCAGCAACAACAAAUCAAGGGCAACAAUGUCGCCUUCAAGGCCGCCACUUCCGUGUCCACCGUUGCUUCGGCCGCUGCAGCAGCCUCGGCUGGCGCCACUUCUACCAGAACCUACGGCGAAGGUUCGUACAAUAAUUUUGGCGCUGCAGCAACGCAACAGCUUCGCUCUCAGCCGCAACAACAACAGCAACAAAAGCAAUUUUAUAAUUCCUAUAGUCAUAGCACUUCCUCAUUUGUUGCACAAUCACAGCAGAAGACUCAAACACAAACAAGCCAACAAAGCUAUGGCACUGCACCGGUGACAGAAGCACCGCAACCGGCAGCGGUUUAUGGUGCAGCACCAGUACCAACGUUGCGCACUGUAGAUGACGUGAAUGGUGGUGGCAAUGAUAGCGUUGGUGAUAUUGGUGGUGGUGAUAACGGUGCCGGUGAUGAGUCGUAUCCACAUCGCCCACCGGGUUUCACGCGUGUUCAAGCUGGCCAAGGCACACGCACACAGGUGCAUGCUGUGCUCGAUUACGAUGUGGAGGAGGGCGAAGAGGAGGAAUAUUAUGAUGAGGGUGAUAAAGAUGCUAAUAAAAAAUCACCAAUGCCCACAGUGACGCCAAUACAGGGGCCAAUAUUCCUGAAAAAUGGUACGGCGCCAGUGGUGCCGUUAUUUUCAUAUCCCACACUCAACAACGGAUCUUUCGUACAAAUACCGAUCUGGUGGACUGCAUUGUCUGUUGCCUUGGGUCUAGAUGUGCGCGGUGAUAUAAUCAAAGGUGUGCCAUGCAUCAAACGUUACCAUCAAUUAUUCUGUCCGACGGCGGGCAACAGCUAUCCAAUUGAUAAAAUAGAACGCUUCAUCGAUGACAACAAGGCACUAAUGCGACGAAUGUAUGGUGACUUCGAGAUGAAUCUCGAGCCUGGCGGACCACAAUCACAAACAAAGAAACGCAAGCGCAGAUUCAUUGAUGAUCCCGACAUCUUCAUACCACCAGGCGCAUUUCCGGCCGUGGUACCAGAUGACGAGGGCAGCACAGAACCACAUGCUGAGGAAGCUGGCGAAAGUUAUUUCGGCAAGUUGCGCAACAAGCGACAGGCGAAUCGGAAUGCGAAUAAAGCAAGUACGAAUACGUUUGCGAAUGCUGGACAGAAUACGGGAAGAGUGGACGCUUGCGAGUCUAAGGUGGAGAUCGUCACGCCAUAUUGGGCCUCCAAUUCGGCGGGUAAAAUACGCGCCAUUGUCAAUACACAGCACUUCGAGCAGGCCAUACAUCAGGAGGUUUGCACCACGCCAGCAACAUCGCGCUGUGCUCGCGACUGUGGUUGUGAGCAAAAGUAUAAAUGGCAUCGCCUUCUAGCCUAUGAUCCGGACAAUGAUUGCAAGGGCAUCUUCAUGGACUGGUUUCUCUUUCCAUCGUGUUGCGUCUGCAGGUGUAAGCCAUAAGCAUUUUAGGAGGAGCUCAUGUGACAACGAAUCCAACAUUAGCCCUUAACACCCUUAACAUUUCAUUAGACUUAAGUCAAAUAAGUAAUCUUAGACUCGCAAGUGGCUAAGUUAAACAAAAACUCUACACUUUUUUUUAAAUCGAAUUAGUUAAUCAUUUUCAAAUUUUAAUUCUACUCAAUUCGCGCACAUUUUUAGAUUAGGUUUAUGCGUAUAAGUGAAUUUUAGUUUUAACCGAAAAGUGUUGCAAGUUAAAAUUACAUUAUUAAGACAUGGCAACUCUGCCAACAUGUUUAAGUACCAGCUAUAGUUCUGUACUCAUAAGUUACUUGCUUAAUUAGUAGCUAAAAAACAUUAGUUGUUUUGAAAAUUACCUUACCAUCAAUAUUAUUAACUAACUUUUAAGUAUGGAUAAUUAAAUAAUUUGUUUCCAAAUAUUUUUCGAGGUGUUCAUUUUGCUAUUAGCACUUAAAUUUUCAAAAUAUUAUUAGAUCUUUCUUGAAUUGACAAUUUUGAUUUUUAUAAACUCUUGAGUUCUAGCAAUCAUUUGCAUAUUAAA